AAAAAAAAGAAACUUUCCUGGUGAUCAUUAUCUCCCUUAUUUGAAUACAUUUAACAUUAGACCUAAAAAGUUGAGAUCUAUGAAGAAUGUUUAAGUGCCUAUUACAACUCCAACCAUACCUUACACAUUGAAGAAAAAGAAAGAGAGAAGAAAAAUGAAGCAUGGGCGUAAAAACAAAACUUCACUGAAAUGGUAGUGGAAAUUGGAAGUAACAAGUACGACGUGACUUUCACUCAAGCUUCCACAACUGCUUCAGCAAAUUAGUAAAAAGGGCUGGCAACUAGAAAGUCCUGUGCUCGGUUCUUUCUGGAUAUAUUGCGAAUUGCGAUAACUUCUCCAUUUCUGGGGGAAACGGAGUAGUAGGAUGGGGAUGGGGAUGGGGAUGGGGGUGGCGAGGGAUGAGAUAGAUAAAAUCUCAGAACCUUCCGUCACAGUUUUCAAGGGAGGCGGUGGGUCGGCGACCAAAUGGCGGAUGAUGCACAUAAUAGUAGCCCUGGGAAUUUGGCUUGGCGGUAUUCAUCUCAAUUUUGCUCUAGGCCUCAUAUCCCUCUUCUACCUCUCCCUGUCCAAAGCCCUCUUGGUUUUCGCUUUACUUUUGAUAUUAGUGUUAAUUCCUGUCGACCAUAAAAGCAAAUACGGCCGCGUAUUGGCUAGAUAUAUAUGUCAAAAUGCUUGCAGCUAUUUUCCAGUUACUCUACAUGUUGAGGAUAUACAUGCGUUUGAUACCAAUCGUGCUUAUGUUUUUGGUUAUGAGCCACAUUCAGUUUUACCUAUUGGUGUUGUUGCGUUGGCCGACCUUACUGGUUUCAUGCCUCUCAAAAAAUUGAAAGUCCUUGCAAGUUCUGCUGUAAGACUUCUUUCUUUUCAUUCUAGGCAUUUACUAGCUUUCUUUGUAACUUCUAAUCGUUUCAUCAUGUGCGGGGUAUUCUACCAGGUGUUUUAUACUCCGUUUUUGAGGCACAUAUGGACAUGGAUGGGCCUAACGCCAGCGACAAGGAAAAAUUUUAUCUCCCUCUUGGCAGCUGGCUAUAGUUGCAUCAUUGUGCCUGGUGGAGUACAAGAGACAUUUCAUAUGGAGCAUAAUUCGGAGACUGUCUUCCUCAAGACAAGACGAGGAUUUGUUCGUAUAGCGAUGGAGAUGGGUACACCACUGGUCCCAGUUUUCUGCUUUGGUCAGUCAAGUGUCUAUCAAUGGUGGAAACCUGGUGGUAAGUUUUUCCUCCAAUUUUCAAGAGCAAUCAAGUUCACACCAAUUGUCUUCUGGGGAGUUUUUGGAUCGCCUCUUCCUUAUAGGCGGCAGAUGCAUGUGGUGGUGGGAAGACCCAUUGAGGUGAAGAAAAAUCCAAAUCCAACGAGUGAUGAGGUGCUUGAUUUACACGGUCGGUUUGUUGAAGCACUCGAAAGUAUGUUUGAAAGGUAUAAAGGACAGCUUGGCUAUGAUGAUCUGCAGUUAAAUGUCCUUUGAUUAAAGGUUGAGAGAUUUAUUUGGUCCAACUUCAAUCAAUCCUGUACUCAUCUCUUGUAUUCAAGAAUAUCUGUAGCAAUGAUCGGAGUGCCCAUUAUUAUACAUUCGAGAUCUUUUGGCAAAUGAUGUGGGGUCCAGCAGAAUAGAAAACCAGGGUUUUAAAUCUUUGAGAAUAAUACACUUAAAUGGAAUUCGAAUUCAGUUAUGAAAUGUUGUAGGAUAAACCAACCCUUGUUGAAUUAGAAAUGAUGAUCAUAAGAUGGUUCGAUUAAUAAUUUAAUCUUUAAUAUUUUGUA